AUGGCCACCGCCACCACCCUCUCCGUCCCCGAUCAGAUUCGGCAGCUCGACGAUGCUCGUAAACUCGUCCUCGGCGAUGUCAAAUACUACCCGAGCGUAGUGCGGGGAAUCAUCCCCAUCAUUGGACCCUCUGCGCCGGUAGAGCUUCGACGAUGGGGCGCCGACUUCCUGGCCGAGGCUUUCUCGACGCCUGCGCUGCCCAACGGGGAGAAGGAGACGAUGCAGCCAUAUGUCCUCACGACAUUGGAAUCCCUACUUGAGAGCGAUAGACAGGAUUGGCUGGUCUUGCGAAGCGUGAUACAGGCGGCAGCCAGCAUAUAUCCGCUUGCCAUGCGGUGGAUCAUCAACAACGGCUACGACACCGUAACGUGGGAGCGAAUGGUGGUGAUCAAGCAGAGGAUACUGCGGAUAUGGGAUACCGCGCCACCAUCGGUCAGGAUCAGUUGCAUCAAGUUUGCCCAACGUGUCGUGCUCGCCCAGACCGUCGCAUCCAAUGCCGAGUUUCGUUAUGGCGGGGCUCUCGACGUCUCGCUCGACAAGGUUCCGUUGAAUCACCAGUCGCUCGACCCUCGGAAUCUCGAAGCCGAAGCCACAGGCCUUUUGGACCGCAUGCUGAGCGUCUUACAGGAGAGCAGCGAUGCCCUCAUCGUCGAUGCAACACUCAACUGCUUGUCGAUCCUUGUCCGCACCCGACCUGCCACGUCGGGACGGAUCCUUAAUGCCCUGCUCAAUUUUAACCCCCUCCAAGCAGCUACCUCGCCUAUGACACCUAAAAACAAGGUCAUGGUCAAAUCGAUGGAGAAAACCGCACGGAUGCUUUUGCUGCACCUCACCAAGAGAGACCCGCACAACCCCAUGGCACCUCGAAUACAGCAACACUUGGAGCGCAUGGUGCGAAGCGUCACGGAACUUUUCGACGAAACGAGUAAGACGCGUCCGUUGGAGGCGCCGCAGCACGAUGGCCUCGACGCCAAGCGCCAGCGUGUCGUGGGCUCACAUGCUCCGAUCCCACCGCUCGGCCCUGGUCCGCACAGCUUGGGCGACGUCUUUACCCUGAUCACCAAUGACGAACUUAAGGGAUUCGACAUUUCGCAACUGCCUGUUGGCCUGGUUGCCAAGGUCUCGGUGACGGCGCUCGCCAGGCUGGAGCCUGAGCUGUUGUCCAAGGCUGUCGAUGCUGUUCGUAGGCGACUCCACGAUCUAGCCACGGCGCCUGCCCCAGAGCUGAACCCCAACACGGCGCCCUUGGGCGUGGAUGACGAUGACGACGAUUAUGAGCCGGACUUUUACCAGGCCGAGGAUACAGAGCAGAUCCUCAAUAAACUGGAUGGCGCGUCAUCCGCGACCGAGCCGAUGGCGCUGGACGGCAGCCUGGCUUUGACCUCGUUCAGCCUUCCGCAGCCGCCGAGUUUACCGGCGGAGACGGCGCUCAGCGCGGGAAGUGGUACAGUCGCCCGAGUCCUGGAGAUGAUGAAGUCGUUGGAUGAGCCAGCGGUCAAGAAGGACAAGGCUGGAUACAACCGGCUGGCGGCAAGCUCUGGAACCCGAGACUCUUGGAUGUCCAUCUUGUCGCGGCUGGCUACGCGGGCUUCCGCGGGUCUCGAAGACGUCUCCGUCAAAGGCGAAGAUGACGACACGAAGCGACCCGAGGGGCUCAGCGACGACAUUCGAGAGCUGCUGUACAACUACGUCAUGGAGGACUUCCGGAAGCACAUCGACGUUGCCGUCUCGUGGCUGUGCGAGGAGUGGUACAACGACAAGACUCAGAUGAAGCGGGGGGACGACCAUCUCGCGCGAUACGAGAAAUGCACGCUGCGGCUCAUUGACGGAUUUCUUCCCUACCUGCACCCGCAGGACAAGGUGUUGACCCGGUUCCUGAGCGAGAUCCCCGAGCUGAACCCGACGAUGCUGUCGCGGAUAAAGCACAUGUGCCGCGACCCCAGCGUCACGCAGCUGGCGUUGACGAGCUUGCUGUACCUGGUUAUCAUGCGGCCACCAGUCAAGGAGAGUGCGCUGGAUACGGUCCAGGACAUUUGGACUGAGUUCGAAGAUGCUCGACCGAUGGCCGGCAAGUAUCUAGCAAAGUACAGACCAGGAUUCCUGGAGGCGGCCAACAACAGCAAGGCGGAGGGCGAUGGGGCUGCACCGGCUGCCAUCGCAACAUGA